AUGUCUCAUAUAGUUUCAUUGCGUAGCGCAUCAUUACGAGCUCUACGCUCGAAUUCAACAGCUGCAGCAGCUGUUGUAGCUGGUACGAAAUGUACAGCAUAUCCACAUCGAUCGAGUUUAUAUCAACAACAAUAUUCAUCGUCUACUUUAUCUUCAGCAUCAACUCGAUUUGUAUCAACAGAAAAUAAUAAAUUUACAAACCGAAGACUUUCUGAUCAAACACUCAUUGAUUCAUCAAAUGGCGGCGUCUAUGCAUUGACUCGACGUCUUCAUACAAGUCCUAUUCUUUUCGAUUCAGUAACUGUGUCAACACCAUCAUUUCCUGAAUCGGUUAAAGAUGGUACAAUACGUUUUUUAAAAAAAGUCGGCGACAAAAUUUCUGCUGAUGAAACAAUAGCUGAAAUUGAAACAGAUAAGACAAAUCUAAGUGUUAAUUCACCACAAGGAGGUGUUAUUGAAGAAUUACUUGUUGCUGAUGGUGACAAUGUAACAUCCGGUGCAGUAGUAGCAAAAGUUAAUACAGCUGGUGGUGGCGUUCAUCCUCAAUCAGCUAAAAAAGAAAGAGCUGCAUCAGAAAAAGCUGAUGCCGAAAAAGCUAAAGAAGAAUCAUCAAAAAAAUCAUCUGAUACUAGUGGUGCAGCUCCAACUAAAACACCUUCUGUACCUUCAACACCCAAAGGUCCACAACGUGAAACUUCAACAUCUCAAAUUUCGGUUACACCUGCUAAACAACAACAACAGCAAGCACCAAGUAGCGGUGGAGGUGAUCCAAAUAAAAUAAGUGGUACACGAUCAGAAACAAGAGUUAAAAUGACACGAAUGCGAUUAAGAAUUGCUGAACGUCUUAAAGAAGCACAAAAUACAUGUGCAAUGUUAACAACAUUUAAUGAAAUUGAUAUGAGUAAUAUUGUUGAAUUUCGUAAAAAAUAUGCUGAUCAAUUUCUUAAACGUCAUAAUAUGAAAUUAGGAUUUAUGUCUGCUUUUGUUAAAGCAUCCGCAUGCGCACUUGUUGACAAUCCUAUUGUCAAUGCAGUUAUUGAUGGAAAUGAAAUUGUCUAUCGAGAUUAUGUUGAUAUUAGUGUAGCUGUUGCUGCACCAAAAGGUUUAGUUGUACCAGUUAUUCGCAAUGUUGAAAGAAUGAAUUAUGCUGAAAUUGAACGAACAAUUGGUGAAUAUGGUGAAAAAGCAAAAAAAGGUUCACUUGCAAUUGAAGAUAUGGAUGGUGGUACAUUUACAAUAAGCAAUGGAGGAGUAUUUGGCUCAUUAUUUGGCACACCAAUUAUUAAUCCACCGCAAUCAGCUAUUCUUGGUAUGCAUGGAAUAUUUGAUCGACCAGUAGCUAUUAAUGGCAAAGUUGAGAUUCGUCCAAUGAUGUUUGUAGCACUUACAUACGAUCAUCGUAUAUUGGACGGUCGAGAUGCUGUCCUAUUCCUCCGAAAAAUUAAACAAUAUGUCGAGGAUUCACGUUCAAUCUUUCUCGAAUUAUAA